CAGCUGCUCAUUACAUACUAACGAAUAUCUCGUCAGUUAUUGUACUUUACAGUCUUUACACGUAUAUUCGGAUAAAUCAUGACCUUCUCCGUCGACCAAGUCCGCUAUGAGAUGAACCAAAUAUUUAACUAUUUGCCGUCCGAUAUUGAACGACUUCCCAAGUAUAGGAUUUUGUUGACCAACGUCGUUUCAACAUGGUCGAUUGAAAUGGUAGACAUUUUGAAAGAAAUUGUCGAAUUUCUUGCUAAGAAUAAUAUUUCAUUGUUCGUGUCCCGACAAAUGUUUUCCGAUUUAUGUUUAAAAGUCUUACCCUGGUUGCCUUAUCCACAAUCUAAGUUAUUGGCUCAUUUCAUGAAGGAAAAAAUGCAAUCGAGAGAGGCUGAUUAUGAUUACCAUUUGUCCAUUAUCUGUCGUCAUUUAUCGUACAUUUACGAGAAAGAGCAAAAUUGGAAUGAUGCAGCACAUAUGUUAGUCAGUAUUCCGGCGGAAUCGUAUUACAGAUUUUCCACUGAUUAUGAAUUGGAAUUAUACUUGAAAAUUGCAUAUCUGUACAUGGCAGGCGAUGAUCCAUUACUAGCAGAGCCUUACGUAAAAAGAGCUUCAAUGGCGCAAGCUCAUACAGUUAAUAAAAGUAUUCAAUUAAAUUUUAAAAUUUGUGAAGCACGAUUAAUGGAUUUUCGUCUUGAAUUUAUUGAGGCUGCACAGAAAUAUUAUGAAUUAUCGCACUGUCCGUUAUUUGAAGAGAAUGUACGUUUGACAGCAUUGAAGAAUAUGAUUGUGUGUACAAUUUUAUCAUUGCAGAAUGGUAACAUUCGAAUUCAAUUUUUGAAAUUGUUGUUAAAAGAUGAAAGAUGUCAAAAGUUCAUAGAAUUAUCAAUUCUUGAAAAAUUCUGCACGUUUGGUAUUAUCAUAGAAAGCGAAAUUGGUCACAUAGAAACACUGCUAUUGCCACACCAGAAGAUUAAAACAGAUUAUGGUACACCCAUAUUGAUUGAAGCUAUAGCAGAACAUAAUAUUCUAUCGAUCAAAAAGCUUUAUAAAAGUAUAAGAAUUGAGUCACUUGGACAUUUAUUGAAAAUGAAACCAGAAAUAGCCAAGAUAAUAGCAGAAAGAAUGAUAUCUGAAGGACGCAUAAAAGGUGCAAUUGAUCAUACAUACGGUUUUAUAAGAUUUAAAUCCCAAAACCCAAACGAAUUGUAACAAUAUUCUGAUAAGAAAUUUGAAUCUGAUUACAUUUAUUUAAAGCGUAUGAAUAAACUCAUACCGGCAAACGAAUCAGAACAGAAUGUUAAGAAUAGAUAUGUUAUAAGAAUUGGGCUAUAGAUAUUUAUAAUUAUUGCCAUCAUUGGAAUUUAAUUAAGUAGAUUUGUCAUUUAAUUAUUUACACAUAAUUAUAUAUGUGUGGAUAUUAAA